AUGUCUUUCAUUUCAGGCUCUCAAAAUUUUAAACAUUCUCAUAUUUUGCAACUCUGUGAAUGGAUGAAAUUCAAAUUUGAAAAUCAGAUGAAAGGAUUUGCUAAAUGGUUAUUGGCAAAAGAGAAAUGGUUGAAAUAUGGUAAUCCAUAUCAGUUUCCUAUUGAAUUCUUGAACGAUCGAGAUAUUGUUAAGAAAAUGAUGGUUGAUUGUACUAUUAGAAAUGGUUAUUUUUCUUUAAUUCAUCCAUGGAUGGCCCAAGAAAUUGAUAUUGCAGAAUUGUGUAAAAGUAAUCGAGAAUUAAUUGGAAAUGUUGAGUUUUGGUUACCUUUCAAAUAUGGAAUUUUGAAAUUCAUUCUCAACAAAGAUUUGAGAGGGUUGAAAUAUAUUCCAAAAGAUAUUUUAUUGGAAUUGAAAGAUGAAUUAAUACCAAUAGUGGAAAAAAUAUAUAAUUUUAGCUUUUCAUUUGAUCCAGAUGAUGUUGAUGAUGCAAAGAAAGCACUUUAUAAGAAAUGUUAUGAAUUGCAACAGCUCUCAAAAAGAUUACGAGACAAUGAAGAAAUUGUAAAAUAUGCUAUUGAAUGCAAUGCUAAGAAUACCAUUGAAUGUGAUCGGAAACCUAUUAUAAUUUUCAAUUAUGAAAUAAUUUAUAUGUCUGAACGAUUGAAAUAUGAUAUAACAUUCUGUAUGGAUAUUAUUCGUUUAGAUCCUCAAUUAAUGCCCCAUCUUCCAAUAAGAAAUGAUAAGGAAUUCCUUUUUCAAUUACUCGAUAUUCCAAUCUCUAUCAAUAGAAAACUUCAACAGGACAUGAUUCAAAAAUGUGUCCCAGAAAUAUUGCAAUAUUUGUCCUAUGAAUUUAUUUAUGAAUUUCCAGAGAAAAUGAGAUAUAUUAUUUUCCAACAAUUUUUUCUCAAAGAUGCAAAUUGCUGGCAUUUUUGUAAAGCGAUACAUGUUCCUUUUGAUGUAAUCAUGUCACAUCAUUUGCUUCAAAUAUUUCUUGAAUUGCCAGAAGAAUAUUAUGAAGCAUAUCAACAAAUAAUGAUCAGACUUUACUCGAAUUAUGAUCCUCAAUGGCUUGGGGUUGAAGAAUCUAUUUUGAAACGCAAAGAUUUGCCUUUAAUUCUUCAAUAUGCACCUAUAUACCAUUUAAGAAAUGACAAGAAUUUUGUUUUGAAAGCUGUGAAAGCUAAUGCAAAUUGUUUCAAAUUUAUUUUGCAUAAGUUUCGAUAUGAUCGAGAAAUUGUUUCGACAAUACUUCUCAAGAACGCAUGCUUGUUAUUUGAGAAGAAUAAGAAAACAAAUCCAUUGAUUCCACAACAAUACUUGGUUCCUCAAAAAUUUCUUCAAGACAAAGAAGUCAUUUUGGCUGCUCUUAAAAGUGAACACCCAUGCUCUUUUUCUGUUAUACCUAAAAACUUUCAAGAAGACAAAGAUUGCCUAUUGGAAGCGUUAAGAAAUCGAAAGAUAGAUAUAGAUAACCAAAACAACAAACCAUUAGUUGAUAUUUUGGCGAAAUAUGUUGAAAGAAAAGAUCGAGAGGUGAUUAUUGUGGCUUGGAAGAAUUAUAAGAUAGGAAAUAUUCCUGAAGAUUUAAAGUGUUUCGAAGACGUAAACAACAAGAAUCGUUUGGUUAAUUUAGAGGAACAAAUGGGUUUAUAG